CCAAGGCAUGCUCAACGAGCAAGAUCUUCUUCCGAAUGUCGCGCUUGCCGAUUAUUGCUAUCGCCGGGCUCGCGUGUGAGAACUCGACGUUCACUCCUUCACGCACCCGCGCUGCCGCUUUCCGUCCCAAACGAGGAGAAGAGAUCAUCCGGCACUAUGACUUCUUGCAAACUGACACAGCUCUGGGAAGGGCCGCGAUCUGGAAAGGUGCUCUGAUCGGCUACGCGCUUCCGGGUGGAAUUGUGGAAAGAGCGUCGUUCGAAGAGCUCGCCGGCGAGAUUAUCUCGCGCUUAACUGAUAUCUGUCAAUCGUUGGAUGAGCCACUAGACGGAUUCUGGUUCGAUAUUCACGGCGCCCUAUAUGUCGAUGGGUUUGAAGACGCCGAAUUUGAACUACUUCGUCGUAUUCGAACCGUUAUCGGCCAUACGACUAUCGUCUCCGCGUCUAUGGACCUCCACGGCAACGUUUCGCACGAGCUCGCGCAUGAAACUGACCUUAUUACUUGCUAUCGUACUGCCCCUCAUGUAGAUGUGCGAGAGACGAAAGAACGCGCGUGUCGCAACCUCAUCCAAGUACUGGACACGCAUAACAGGGGAGGCUCUCUCCCGCUAAAAGCUUGGAUUCCGAUCCCAAUCCUGCUCCCCGGAGAGCAGACCUCGACGCGCGAUGAGCCUGCAAAGCGUAUCUAUGCCGCCGUUUCUGAGGUGGAGAAAAGAAAGAGAAUUCUUGAUGCUGCUAUAUGGGUGGGCUACGCAUGGGCAGACGAGCCGCGAAAUCGCGCUGCAGUCGUCGUCACAGGAUCGGAAAGGGAUGCAGUUGCCAUCGGAGCGGAGGAGCUCGCACAGAUUUUUUGGACUUCGCGUGAGGACUUCAAAUUCGUCGCGCCGACCGGUUCCUUUUCAGAAUGUCUCAACAUCGCUCUCGCGUCGACGGAUCGACCGUACUUCAUCUCGGACUCCGGCGAUAAUCCCACCGCCGGAGGUUCCGGGGACGUUACUUGGGGCCUCACUCAACUUCUUGCGCGCCCCGAGUUCAAGGAUUCAUCUGGUCCAACCGUAAUCUACGCAAGCAUUCCAGGUCCCGCGGCGGUCGAAGCAGCUGCAAAAGCAGGCAUCGGAGCGACAUUGACAGUGACUGCCGGAGCCGAGGUCGAUAACCUCCAUGCCGGUCCCAUUACCAUGACAGGUCGCGUCCACUCCAUCAAGCAUGGAGACCCACAUGCGUGCGUCGAGGUCGUGCUGCAGGUAGGCAGUGUCUUCGUCAUUGUGACCAAGCUGCGGAAACCGUACCACAAGGAGCGCGACUUUGCCGAACUCAACCUGAACCCUCGAUCUGCGGACAUUGUAAUCGUCAAGAUUGGAUAUCUCGAACCAGAGCUGUAUGACAUGGCGAAAGACUGGAUGCUUGCUUUGACCCCCGGAGGCGUGGAUCAGGAUCUCAAGAGACUGGGCCAUCAUCGCAUUCAGAGACCUAUGUUCCCAUUCGAUACGGUUUUCAACACCGAGCCAGACCUUAGAGCACGGUUCAUUCCAUCUUCUAGAGAUCCGCUCGACGCGCACGAUAAAUGA